AUGCCAGCAUCACAGUCUUCAGAUGCGGCAAUCGAUGAGCCCUUCAAGAAAUGCUCGAUCAAUAGAUCGAACCCAAAGGAAAUUCCACUUAGCAACGAUAUAACCAAUUCGCGGAACGGAAGGAUGAAUAACAACGAUAUUCACUCCUCAGCCAGCAAACCCUUCGCAUCACAAAGAAUAUUCACUCAGUUUGAAUUUUAUCAAUCUCCUCAAGGGGUCGACAUACCUGAUUCUGCCUCUUCCCUGUUACAGAAUAGAGUUGGCGGAGCUAGUCUCACAGUGAAUGAACUUGAAUCCGAGAAUCAGAAUAGUCGAACUCCUAUGACAAACUUCCCUUCCGAAAUAACCAGAUUGCAAAAUAUGUCGCAACAACAGGAGUCUUAUCCGGAUAGCUGUGACCCACCAAUGCCCCCAAUAGAUCUGGAGCAGCUCUACAAUUUGAGCACUGACGACUUUACUAUGCCAACACUGGACAAUUCUGGUCCGCCAAUGCCCCCAAUAGAUCUGGAGCAGCUCUACAAUUUGGGCACCGAUGACUUUACUAUGCCAACACUGGAAAAUUCCGGCCCGCCAAUGCCACCCAUAGAUCUGGAGCAACUACACAAUUUGGGCACCGACGACUUUACUAUGCCAACUCUGGACAAUUCCGGCCCGCCAAUGCCCCCAAUAGAUCUGGAGCAGCUCUACAAUUUGGGUACCGAUGACUUUACUAUGCCAACACUGGAAAAUUCCGGCCCGCCAAUGCCAACAAUAGACCGGAGUGCGUAUACAUGUGUCUUGGAUGGGAAUACAAAGAUCUUCCAUUCGCUCCCGAAUCAUUCACAAUUUUCCUAUACACCUAUAUCAAGGAGAGAGAGUACUUCCCAACAUGCGAUAGAUAAGCACCAAUCACCUAUGGUCUCAUACACAGCCCACCAGAAUGCUUCCUAUUCUCCAAGCAGUGUCAUUUCAGUGAUGUGA